GACCUCAUCCGAGAGUACCACGACGUUUUCCCAUCGUCGUUCUCGUACGCCGGCAUCCCACCGAUGCGUGACGUCGAGCACUCCAUUCAACUUGUGUCUGACUAUCGUGUUCACCACCAGGCACCCUACAGACUCUCGAUCCCCGAGGCCACUGAACUCAAGCGUCAGCUUGAGAAGCUCCUGAGACUAGGUUUCAUGAAACCCAACAACUCCCCGUGGGGUGCACCCGUCCUCUUUGCUCACAAAGCGGACGACACUCUCCGUCUCUGCAUCGACUUUCGCGGUCUCAACCGCUACACGGUUAAGAACAACUACCCCAUGCCUCGUUCCGAUGAGCUGUUCGACCGCCUAGCAGGCAACCGCUUCUUUACAAAGAUUGAUCUUCGUAGCGGUUACCAUCAGAUCCGCAUCGCUGCAGCCGACCAGCCGAAGACCGCGUUCCGAUCGCGAUUCGGCCACUACGAGUUCACGGUGAUGCCAUUCGGCCUCACUAAUGUUCCCGCUACCUUUCAGAGGGCGAUGAACGACAUCUUCAGGGACAUCCUGGAGCAGUACGUUCUCGUCUACCUCGACGAUAUCCUGGUCUAUAGUCGUACUCUUGAGGAGCACCUCAGACAUCUCCGCGAUGUCCUUGACCGCUUGCGCAGACAUAGUUUCUACGCCAAGUUGAGCAAGUGCCGCUUUGCCCAGCACAAAGUGGAUUUCUUAGGACACUACCUACGUGUCCGAGCAGUAGCAGAGUUCCAUGACCAGGCAGUUGUCGGUCAUAUGGGCUUCCACAAGAUGUUGGCUCGUGUGAGCCGCCUGUACGUCUGGCCGAAGCGCAAGGACUUUGUGAAGGACUACGUCGCAGAGUGUCCCACCUGUCAGGAGGUGAACAGUGCGAACCACCUACCUUAUGGUUUGCUCCAGCCUCUUCCUAUCCCUGAGGGUCGUUGGAAGUCCAUCUCGAUGGACUUUAUCGGUCCCCUUCGUCCUCCGACCCCUCGCGGUCAUGAUGCUAUCCUGGUCGUCGUCGACCGCUUCACGAAGCGUGCACGCUUUGUUCCGUGCCGCUAUGCAAUCAGUGCAUGUGAGGUCGCCGACAUCGUAUUUGACCGAGUCGUGCGUGACCACGGCUUACCUCGAAGCAUCAUAUCUGACCGUGACCCGCGCUUUACCAGUCGAUUCUGGCGACGGCUCCACAAGGUUUGCGGCACUCAGCUCCACUUCUCCUCGUCUUACCAUCCUCAGACUGAUGGUCAGACUGAGAUCACGAACAGGACUCUCGGAGAUAUUCUCCGAAAGAUUGUUCGUGACGACCAGCAGUGGGAUCUCCAUCUUGCCCACGCGAAGAUAGCCUACAACCACGCCGUCUCGCCAGCCACGGGGAUGUCGCCUUACUAUUGCGACCUCGGCUACCAUCCUCGUGUUCCCGCGGACUACCUUCGACUGUCCCAGUUGCAUCCCGGCACGAGUUGUCCUGCGCUGGAUGAUUGGGUUGCACACAUGACGUCGAUCAUGAAGACCGCACAUGAGCACAUAGCCGCUUCCCAGACUCGCAUGGCAGCACGUGCGAACCGAUUGAGGAUGGAUCAUGCAUUCAAAGUCGGUGAUGAUGUGCUUAUCGACGCCCGUCACUUACAACUCGAAGCGGACACGCUUCGCAAGUUUCGGCGUCGCUUCUUUGGCUCAUGCCGCAUCCUCUAGGCCGUCGGUUCUGAUACGGCAUCUAGCCCGG